UCAUUUUCUUCUUCGUCAGCCUCCCUUCAAUCGCCAUAUUGGGCAAGCGAGAAGAGGGCUCGUCUUUUUCUUGUUUUUUUCCGCCUUUCUUUUGCACCCCCCUCCUCCCCCCGCUACUACGCCGCGCCUGUGACACCGGCCGCCGCUCGCCGCGCGCCCGGAGCUGCCCGCCUUGCUCCGGGGGGCCCCGCCGCGCCCCCUCCCCGCCCGCGGGGCUGCUUAUGCGAUUGCUGGCCGGGGCCGCGAGCGCGCUGCGGGCCACUCAAAAGAAAAGGAAAAAGAAGAAAAAAAGGGGGGUGGGGGGGAGCGCGGCGCGGCCACCCCCAGCGGCAAGAGGGGGGCGGGGGGGACAUGUCCGACGUGCGCAUUUCUAAUGGGAGCCCGACCCUGGAGCGGAUGGAGGGGAGGCAGGCGGAGCACCCCAAGCCGUCCGCCUGCAGGAGCCUCUUCGGGCCGGUGGAUCACGAGGAGCUGAGCAGGGACUUGCAGAAGCACCGGCAGGAGCUGGAGGAGGCCUGCCAGAGGAAGUGGAACUUCGACUUCCAGCUCCACCGGCCCCUGCGCGGCCGCUUCGAGUGGCGGGCGCUGGAGCCCGGCGCCUCGCCCGACUUCUACUCGCGGCCGACGCGGCUGCCCAAGGGCAAGGGCGCGGGGGACACUCGCUGCGCGCCGCGCGCCGCCUGCGCCGACCCGGCCGCCGGGCAGAGGAAGCGGCCGGCCCCCGACGACUCCUCUCCUCAGAAUAAAAGAGCCAACACAGCAGAAGAAGAAGUCUCAGAAGACUCCCACAGUGCCAGCACAGUGGAGCAAACGCCCAAGAAAUCCAGCCCAAGACAACAUCAAACGUGAACUGUGUAGAGUUCAUCUGCAUUUCCUCCUUCAUCUGGAUGCCCCAGUGGUGGAUGAAGCCAGGGAGAUGUAAAGGUCUAUUACAAAUUAAUAAAAAAAAAUACAUAUCGUUGAUUCUCCAUGGGAUGGAGAUCUUGUACAAGCACUGAAGAAAAAACAAAACAAAAAAAAAACACAAAACGACAAAAAAAAACAAAACAAUAACACUAAAAUUUUAGGCACUCUUAAAAGAUCUGCCUCUAAAAGCAUUGGAUGUAGCAUUGUGCAAUUAGGUGUUUCCUUAUUUGCUUCUUUGUACUACCUGUGUAUAUAGUUUUUACCUUAUGUAGCACAUAAACCUUUUGGGGGGGGAGGGAGGGGAGGGAGUGGAAAAAGGUGAGUGACUGAAACUUGCUUUCACAAGGUAGCAAGGGGAGAACUGUAUGAAGAGAAGAAGCAGUGUAGGCUUUUUUUUAUCACUUAAAGAUGUAUUGUCCCUUUAAAUGGGGUUCUACAAUGUCCAACCCCUCCCCCCCUUUUUAUUUUAAUGCACCAUAAUGGUAACACUGGUUUCAGCAGGCCAUUAUAGCUUGCUUGUGAAGUUUUUACUUAUUACAUUAAGCUGAAAAAAGAGGUGGGAGCUCUGACGUUUCCGUUAUGUAGCAACAAAAAGUUUAUUAUUUUAUUAAUAUUAUUCUUCCUGGAACUCCUUAAAUCCCUUAAACCAGUAGAACUACUAUAAAAUUCUUUAAAUUUGUCCCAUCUGUAGCAUUGCUUGAAUGUUGCCAAAUGAAUCGGUAGAGUUCAUACUUCAAAACUAGAAUACUGUGUUUUUCUUUUUUUUUCCUGAUCUUACCCAGCUUCCUAAUAUUCCUGGUUGAAAAGGGAUACUACAUCUUUAAACAGUAUUUCUACAUUGCCUGUGUAUCUGUAUGUAAAAAUAAAAAAAAGUUUGAAGUGUACCUGUGUACAUAACUCUGUAAAGACACUGAGAAAUUAUACUAACUUAUUUAUGUUAAAAGAUUUUUUUAAUCUAGAAAAGGAUAUUUUUCCCCAUAAAGCCAAAGUGGCAUGUUUUUGUGCAUUUGUAAAUGCUCUAUUUGGUAGAAUUUUUAGUUUUGGUUUAUUUUUUCCUUUUUCUGUUAAUUAAUAUGGCUGUGCUUAAACGAUUGCAGACUGAGCCAACUUUAAUAUUUUUUUGUAAUGCAUAAGAAAUAAAGUUGCAUAUGGAUACUGUUUCACAUCAAGCAAUCAAUAAAGAAAAGUGCCAUAUAUAAGA